AUGACUCCUGUUAUAGAAACCAUACAAGAUGGAGAAAGCUCCAUCAGCCCAAACAACUCCGGUGUAUGCUCACCAGUAUCAAUUCCUAAUGAAAUACAUCUAGGAGAAUAUCUAUUUCUCCGUAUAGCACAAGCUAACCCUAAACUUAGGUCAAUCUUUGGUAUCCCAGGUGACUUUAACGUUGACUUGUUGGAACAUAUGUAUUCGCCUUUGAUUGCCGCCAAGGAUAUGAAGUUUGUCAAUUGUUGUAAUGAGUUAAAUGGGGCAUAUACUGCAGAUGGAUAUGCUCGUACCAUUGGUGGGUUAAGUUGUUUGAUUACCACCUUUGGUGUUGGUGAGUUAUCGGCUAUUAAUGGUAUUGCUGGUGCUUUUGCCGAAUACGUGCCGGUGUUGCAUAUUGUUGGUGUCACCACUACUAAACAAGCACAACAAGCUAAGGAUGGAACUGAAGUUUUGAAUUAUCACCAUUUGGUUCCUAGUGUUAAUCCAUUUGAUUCCCCCAAUCAUGAUGUAUAUAAGAAUAUGGUCAAUGGAGUGUCGGUUAUUCAAGAAACAUUAGGAACGGACCAAGAGUUAAAUGUGGAGAAAAUUGAUCGGGUAUUAAAGAAGAUUAUUCAAGAGUCUAGACCUGGUUACUUGUUUGUCCCCGCAGAUGUUUCAGAUAUUUUAGUUCCUUCUGUGUUUUUGUUUAUGAAUCCAUUCAAUGCCGAGCCAAAACAUAAGAAUAGUGCCAAGUCCAUUGAAGUUCUUGAUGAUGUGUGUGACACUAUUCUUGAAAAAAUGUACAAGUCAACCAAACCUUCUGUAUUGAGUGAUUGUUUAACUUCUAGAUUUGGAUUCAAGGAACAAUUGGAUCAGUUUGUUGAUUUACUACCAACUAGUAUAGCUAAAUUAUUUACCACCAAUAUGGCUAGAAAUGUUGAUGAAACAAGAGAAAACUUUAUUGGUGUGUAUCAUGGAAAGGGUUCUUCUGAUGAUGGUGUUAGACAACAGUUGGAGAAUGAAACUGAUUUGUUGGUUACUUUGGGCUAUUUCCAUAACGAAGUUAAUACUGGUGCUUAUUCGAGAAACCUUACUGAUAUCAAAGACAUUAUCGAAGUGCAUCCAGAUUAUAUCAAAAUUAAUCACCAAGUAUAUCACAUUAAGCAAAAGGAUGGCGAACGUUUGUUUACAUUAGGAGAUUUGUUAUCUGAACUCACCUCAAGAUUUGAUCCUACCAAGUUUGCCAAUCAUACACCAGUACCUAUGUACUCCUUUACUCCUGGUGCAAUCUACAAACAAUCCUCCAACGACAACUACUUUAUCCCACAAACCAAAAUCAUUGACCAUUUAAACACCUGGCUCAAACCAAACGACUUAUUAAUCAUGGAAACAAUGUCAUUCUCAUUUGCUCUUCCCGAUCUUAAAUUCCCCCGAAACUUGCAGUUACUUUCUGCCAACUUCUAUGGAUCAAUAGGAUAUGCUCUUCCAGCUACUUUUGGGGCCACCAUGGCCAUUAACGAUAUGGGAUCUAAUCGUCGUAUUAUCUUAAUUGAAGGGGAUGGUGCUGCACAAAUGACAAUUCAGGAAUUGUCAAGCUUUAUAAGAUAUCAAGGUGUUCUCCCCAACAUGCCAAAGAUUUACUUGAUUAACAAUGACGGGUAUACUGUUGAACGAGCAAUCAGAGGUCCAUAUAGAUCAUACAAUGACAUCAAUGGUCACUGGAAAUGGACUCAGUUGAUGGAAACAUUUGGUGACUCAGAUAGAAUGCGACAUGAUUCUGUUACAUUGAAGAAUGUGGAUGAGUUUGAAGGGUAUUUCAAUGGUCAUAAGAGUAGCAAUAAUUCUCGUUUGCAAUUUUAUGAAAUUAUUGCUGGGAAGUAUGAUGUUCCUGAAAGAUUUUCCAAGCUGUUAUGUAAGAAGUAG